AAAAUUAAUAGAAAAACAAAGGAUGAGGGCUAGGGCAUUAAUAAUGGUAGUUCUAAUGAUUUCACAUGUCAUGGGCAAAACGCCGGCUGAACGUGAAGUAGGAAAGGUGUUUCAUUCCUGCUUCAAAUACUACAAUGCAGGGGGACCGAUACCCCCCAGUGCUGACUGCUGUAAUUAUGUUUGUGAUGUAGUCCGUGACUUUGGUGGCAGUGGCAGUAAUUAUAAAUAUGCUAACUAUCUGCUGUGCAGCCCCUUAAUAACAGACUUUCAAGAUCGUCUUAACCUUGUCUUUCAAAGAAACUUGGAUCUGCCCAAAACUUGUUGCCACAUUCACAAUAAUGCCAUUGUCACGUAUCUCUUCACAUGCAAAGGUCAUGAUCUCCAUCCUCCACCCCGCCCGAUUGCAUGAUGAAGAGUUUGGAUCGAGUUUCUACUUAUUUAGAAAAUUACUAAUGGAAGAAUACAUAUAUAAUAUAUAUGCUGAGCUGACGAUAGUUCAGUUAUAAAUAAGAAGAAUGUCUAUCUAAUAGACUUGUUAUCCUGUAAUAUUAAUGCACUUUUCUUACUAUAUACACAGUUCCUGUAAUAAGCAUUUCGCUAUUAUAAUAAACAAACUUUUUAUAAUACUUGCAGCUGAGUUCUUGUACCUCACUCAUCCAUGACUGCAUAUAUGUUAUGCAUGUUAAGGUUCA